UUCCCCAUUUUAGUUCCCCCUUCUAGGCAAUGUCCUAAGAAAGGGGAAGGAGGUUGAAGGUGAGUUGGGGUAGGUAGGCGAGAAAACUUAGAUCCUCUUCCCUCCCCCAGCAGCCCUGGGGCAGAGAUCCCAGGGACCCCACCCGAUCCCUCCCGAAGAGCUGGCCCAGCCCAGUCAGCUGACUUUGGGGGAAAGAAGAGGAAGGGGUGGAGCUGCCUGGCCGGCUUGUCAGCUGAGAAGCCCAGAAGUCUGCAGACAGGGCAAAGAAGAGGACAUUUAAGCCUAGGAAGAACCCUGGGCAUCUGAGGGACCUAGACUCAGGAAAGAAGAGAAGCAAGCCAGCCCACUGAACUGGCGGGACCUGGGUCACAGGGAGCCCAGCUGGGCCAGGAGCUUGGUCACCAACCUGCCUACGAUUUAAGGAAAUGCAGCCACACUGGGGCUUUUGUGGAUGGAACUUGGGGGAUCCCCCCGGGGGGUUGGCCUGGGGUCGGAGACCUCUCACAAUGAGAAAAGCCAGGCCUCUGGGGAGCAUUUGGAUGGGCUUGGCCCUGGGUAGCUUCCUGGCUCUCUACUGCUUGACUGAGGCCAGACCAGAGCCUGGCAGAGGGGACUCCCAAUGGCUACGGGAAAUCCUGCCUGGGCUUGGUGUUGAAUUUGGGCUGCAGAACAUCAGCUGCUCAGUCUGCAAGGCCCUGUUCACUGCCAUCGACAUUGGACUGAAGAUGGAACCCAAUGUGGCCCGAGUGGGACUCAUAGCCACUGUUGUGUGUAAACAGCUGAACUUGGCACCGCCCAACGUGUGCCAGUCUAUUAUCAAGCUUUAUGAGAGUGAUAUAGUGGAGAUAUGGACACACUCAGUGCUGAACCCAUCUGAAGCCUGUGGGUUGCUUCUAGGUUCUUCCUGUGGACACUGGGAUAUCUUCUCAGCCUGGAAUAUCUCCUUGCCUGCUGUGCCCAAGCCCCCACACCAUCCUCCUGCUCCCCCAGCACCUGGUGCCCCCAUCAGCCGUGUGCUCUUCCUCACAGACCUACACUGGGAUCACGACUACAUGGAGGGUGCGGAUCCUAACUGUCCUGACCCCCUGUGUUGCCGAAAAGGCUCAGGUUUGCCAUCUUCCUCCCAGCCUGGUGCAGGCUACUGGGGUGAAUACAGCAAGUGUGACCUGCCGCUGAGGACCUUAGAGAGCCUGCUAGCAGGGAUAGACGCUGCCGGCCCCUUCGACAUGGUCUACUGGACAGGAGACAUCCCUGCCCAUGAUGUCUGGAGUCAGACCCGCCCUGACCAACUACGGGCACUGACUACCAUCACCAACCUUGUCAAGAAGUACCUGGGGCCUGUGCCUGUCUAUCCAGCUGUAGGCAACCACGAGAGUACCCCAGUCAACAGCUUCCCUCCCCCCUAUGUGCAUGGGAACCACUCCUCCCGCUGGCUUUAUGAUGCUAUGGCAACAGCCUGGGAAUCUUGGCUCCCCCGAAAUGCCCUCCAUACUCUCAGGACUGGGGGGUUCUAUGCCCUCUCACCUAGGCCAGGUCUCCGUCUAAUUUCCCUCAACAUGAACUUCUGUGCCCGGGAAAACUUCUGGCUGCUCAUCAAUUCCACAGAUCCUGCAGGGCAGCUGCAAUGGCUGGUGGGAGAACUGCAGGCUGCCGAGGACCGAGGAGAGAAGGUACAUAUCAUUGGUCACAUCCCCCCUGGACACUGUCUGAAGAGCUGGAGCUGGAAUUACUAUCGAAUUGUGGGCAGGUAUGAAAGCACCAUAGCUGCUCAGUUCUUUGGUCACACCCAUGUGGAUGAGUUUGAGAUUUUCUAUGAUGAGGAAACCCUGAGCCGACCCUUGGCUGUGGCCUUCCUGGCUCCCAGUGCCACCACCUAUGUGAACCUUAACCCUGGUUAUCGAGUCUACCUAAUUGAUGGCAACUACCCAGAAAGUUCCCAUGUGGUCCUGGACCAUGAAACCUAUAUUCUGAACUUGACACUGGCCAAUGCUCCCGGGGCCACCCCCAAGUGGGAGCUCCUCUAUCGGGCCCAAGAAACCUAUGGGCUUCCUAAUGCCCUGCCAGAUGCCUGGCAUGACCUAGUAUACCGCAUGAGGGGGAAUGAAGAGCUUUUCCAGACCUUCUGGUACCUGUACCACAAGGGUCACCCUCCUGUAGAACCCUGUGAGGGUGCCUGCCGUCUUGCUACCCUCUGUGCCUUGCUCUCUGCCCGCUCAGACAGCCCUGCUCUCUGCCGCCAUCUGGUACCAGAUCUGCCCUUACCCCACACUGGACGUCUCUGGCAGAGGUUUGCAUUUUGCUAGCAAAUCAAAGUUCAGCCAGCCAGCAGGGAUCAGGAAGGAGGGAGCCCAGUGCAGUGCUGAGGGGAGGAAUGCCCAAUCUCUAGCUCUUUGAAGUAUUAAACAAAAGGAGGAGGGUUAGAUAUCUGCAUGUGCCAUAGACUCUGGUGAGCAAGGAGAGUUGAUUUCUAUUUCCCUGGAGGCAUCUCAGCACCUGAGAGACCUGUCUGGUUCGACAGGAAGGAGGAAGCAGCUAGCUCUUAGGACACAGUGUGGGCAGGAAAUUGAAGCUUCUAUGGGAGCAACACCCACCAGGAUUGCUAUUGCUCCUGCUUCCCUCAGGAUCACAGGUGCAUUGGGUAGGAAACUGGACCUGGACCUUUAGUAGCCACCCCUUCCCUUGCCCUCAAGAUGGUUCUAGAUGUCUCGAAGGUAUCAGAACCGAAGGGGCACAGACAAAGGGUUGGGACUUCCCUCUGCCUGCCGGACAGGAGUUCCUCAUCCAAGGUUGCCUAAUCCCCUGGGAUAGUUACAAUAAAUGUAUGUGACUCAGUGGUC